AUGGUUGACAGUCUUUACUCAGACAAUCAUACUGAUGGGACAAACAAACUUGUUUGUUAUUGUGUUCGCAAACCAGACAAAUUGGACAAUAUUGCCAAAUAUCUGCACAAAAGACUGUCAUACGAUUUGAACCAUCUGAAUUAUGAAAAUGUUAAUAUAACUGUAGAGGCCAUGAGCGCUCUAGUUAACGCUUGUUACGCUGUUAAAUUAAACUUGUUUGAUUCGAGUUUCCUAAAAAUGGUACAACUGCUGCUUGAAUCGAAACUUCCCGAGCUGCAACUACUGGGAACGAAAUCGAUCGAAGAGGACGCUCCAAAUUACCAUCGAGAAUAUGACGAACUGAUUGACCAGUUUUGUCGCAUGUCAUAUUCAAAUUUGCCUGAUAUCGAAGAAAGAAAAAAGGUUCGCGUUGCAGGAAUACAGGGUUUGCAAGGAGUCGUCAGAAAAACUGCUCGUGAUCAAUUGAGGAUGAAUGUGUUACAGAGCGCCAGCAUGGAUCAGAUCAUUCCUGCACUACUUUUCAAUAUCCGAGAGGGGUCUCCUACGGGUGAAGAGCCGGAUGAAUCAGAGUUAGAGCCUAGCAGGCAGGCGGUGUUUGUCUUCAAGGAUGUUGUUUGCCGAGCGUCCUACACAAAUAUCGUACCUGUAGUUAAGGCUAUACUUUCGUAUCUGGACGGACAGCGCAUCUGGGUACCCAGCGACUUUGCUCUUCUCAUCUUCGGCUAUCUGCUGGACUCGAUCAAGGUCAGUUAUUAUUAUGUAUUUGCCUACUGUCUCACUUGCUUUAAACCCGAGAAGAAGAUGAUCAUUAGUAGAGAACAUUCUUUUCAGGGUAUUCCUGAAUAUCUACCAUCAUUAACAGAUACUUUUCGGGUAAAAAUGUAUUACAAACACGAAAUUGCACAACGGAUAAUCAAGGAAUAUAGUUUGAUUGGCUUGUGA